CGAAGACAAAACUCGCGUGCAAAUAGAAUCACCCCCUCUGAUCAAAAUAAAAUAAAAUAGAAUCACCCCCUAUUUUCAGUUGCUCAAACCCACAUCGCCAUCAUCGUCUCCAACUCUUGUUUCUUUCAUUUCCAGAACCCUAAAUUCGAUGGAUCCACAUUACGAACACAUACUAAGAGACGAGGUAAUCUACGUCCACUCCCACUGGCACCACACAAAACCUACCCACAACCCACCAACCCUGCUCCAAACUCCCAAACCCAACCCCACAAAAUUCAAGAAACAGAAGAAAAAGAGGCCCAAGCCCAAAAAACUCAAGAAGAUCUCGCCCCAACCCGACCCACCUCUGGAUUCGGGCCCCGAAUGGCCCUGCCCCAGUUUUCCCGACCCGCCGUCGUCGGCCUUCGAAUGGCCCGUCCUGAAGCUCAACCCAGCUCCGGCAACCCGGCUGCCCACGGCGGAAGAGCAAGCCCGGUUCGCCGCGACCCAAGUCCAGCAAAAGGCCUUGAGAGCUGCCCAAGAGUUUUUUGUAGACAGUGGGAGCGAUGAUGAUGAUUGUGAUGGUGGUGGUGGUGGUAGCGAUGAUGAUGAAGAUGAUUUCAUGGACGAAGAAGAUGAGAGCGAAGAGUACAAGUUUUUUGUGAAAGUUUUUGAGGAGGAUGGGGAGCUGAGGGGUUUUUAUGAGAGGAAUUGUGAGAGUGGGGAAUUUUGUUGCUUGGUUUGUGGUGGGAUUGGGAAGAAGGUGGGGAAGAGGUUUAAGGGUUGUGUGGCUUUGGUUCAGCAUUCAAACGGGAUUGCAAAGACGAAGAAGAGGAGAGCUCAUAGAGCUUUUGCUCAGGUGGUUUGUAAAGUUCUUGGUUGGGAUAUUGAUAGGCUGCCCACUAGUGGUUUGUCAUCAGCUAAAUCCGGCGAGUGUCAGGGCAGUGCUGAGGUUGGUAUGGAGGGAAUGAACAUGCUUAAUCAAAAUCCGGUGAUGGAAAACGGUAUUAAUGCUGGCAUGGUUUUGAAGGAGGUUUCAAAUGUUGAUCAGAAGGAGAAUGUUGAUCAGAAGGAGUUACGGAUUUCAACUGUUCCUGCUGUGUCAAUUGGUGCUGAGCAGUAUGUGAUGUUUAUCGAGAGUCAUUUGAAUUGUGAUGAUGCCGAUACGUGUAUGGAAAAUCUUGACAGUGGGUAUUUGAGUACCAUGGAUGGGAAGACAGAGGUAGUGGUCAAUUGCCUGGUGAGAUUUCUGUUCUGGUACAAUUUCUUUUUUAUUUUCCAAGCCCGAAGGCAUUACAAAGAUAAUAUCACAAAAAGCAAGAAUGAACCAAAACUACCAAAAUCUUCUCUACUUCAUUUUUUAUCUUUUUCAAGGAUUCCUGACCUCUAUUUGAUGAACCAAUUGGUGCCAUGGUGUUAACUCGAUAGCUCGUUUAACUACUAGCUUGUUUUUCUUUUGCAUUGCUCAGUUGGUUAUCUAUUUUCUUGAUUUUUAGGUGUAAAUGUAGGUCUUGUUUUUUGUACGGUAAUUUGAAACAAUGUAUGCUUCAAUUGUCCCUUCUUUUCUGAGCUUUAGAGUUACUUGAAGGUUGGGGAUGCCAAUAUGUGUAUGGAAAAUCAUGACUGUGAGGAUUUGACUAUGGCAGAUGGGAAGACAGAGGGACUGGUUAAUUGCCUGGUAAGAUUUGUGGUCUGAGUAUGUCUUUUCAAUUGUUUUUCCCUUUUUUGGUAGUUUCAAGUUUAUAAGAGUCGACCUCUUAUGGCUGCUAAUGAGAGCUAGUAAUCUGAAGCUAUUUGAUUUUUACAUUGUGAUGGCUAACAACAGCAAUUUGUUGAUGUACAAGUCGGUUCCAUGGUGGCACUUCGGUAAUUCUUUCUACAUGUGAUCUGAUAUUUUCUAAAAAAUAGUUCUAAUGCUAUUCUGUAGAAUCAUGUCCAAUCAUAAUUCUAUGGGAAAUUGUCAAGUUGUCUGUCAUGUCUUGGAAUAAUUAUAUUCACAACACAUAAUAACACGUGUUUGCAUUUUCUUUCUUGUUGGAUAGAAAUUAUAAAAGGCAUAACUGUGUGCCAACCGGAGAACUUCUGAAAGUUAUUUUAUCUUUGGUGGGAAAUCUAAUAUUUUCCGUACAUGAUUAAUAAGUUUUCUCUUUCCAUUACAGUUUUUCCCUCUAUAAUGCAGUGUAGGAGCCUUUCAAGGACAGUGGUCUUGGACGCAACAUGAAGAACAAUCCGAUGGGGAUUGUAGUUCAUAAUGAUCUGUCAAGCAAUACCGAGAAUCAGAAUCGACGAUAAAGUUGUAGAGAUGGUGGCAACUGGCAAGUAUUACUAAGAAGUACUCCACGCAAUGGUUUGCUUGUUGAGAUGAUCCUUCUUGUCUACAGAUUGUUGAUCGUCUGGUUUUUCGAUAUUGUCACUGACAAUGUGUGGAACCAUUUGGUAGUUGUGAUCAUUGAUGGUCAUUCUUUGAUCUUCAAAAAGGAUUUACAAUUUCUGCUUGGAAACAGAUUGGGUACGGUACGGGCGGAACAUCUUCACAAAUGCUGUUGGAAUGCAUAUGUACAGUGAUUACUUCCCGUGUUUAUCGGUGUAGUCGUAGAAUAACUGGUUGUAAAUGUGCUAACUUCAGAAUUCUCAUGUUGAGGUCAUUCUAACGCUUGUACUAAUGUAUACUUAACCAAGUUCAUUUCUGCAAGUAACUGUACUGAGUUGGUGUUCC